GAAUCAAUAAGAAACUCUGCUGAUAAUGUGUUGCUAAAUACACCUGAUUCAUUGAUUGUGUCAGUCACCAAAAACGUGGAAUUUAGUGAAGAUGAACCUGUCAAUCAAUCUGUUCCUGUUUCAACUCCUCGUAAAGGUAGAGCACAGAGCACCAGUAUGGAUGUCCUCGACUCUCUGAAGUUCACUUAUAAGGCAUGCAGUUUUGGCAUAUUUGUCUCUUGGCCCCUCGAACUUAUAGCCAAUUUAGAAGCAAUGAAGAAGUAUAAUCAGCAUGAAGAUGCCAUAGCGCGCAUUCUUGGCAGAGGAAUUUGGGUAGUGGCAGCGGAGAUUCCCACGGCUUUAAGAGUCGAACUCUCGAGAACUCAUUAG